UAAACUUGACAAAUAAUUUCUUGAGUGUGCGUUAAGAGGUUAUAUUUGCGUGAAUUCAAGUUUGUUAAGAUAAGUUUGAAUAAAGAACACUUUUAAAAGUAUGCUAAAAAUUUGACAAAAAUCGUGGAAGAAGUUUGAAAACUAAUAAAAUUGUAUUGUAGUCAUGAGAGGAGAAUCGCCACUAGAUGUUUUAUCUCGAGCAGCAUCUAUCGUUCAAAAUGAAGAAAAAGCAGGUAAUAUGAGAAACCAAUUAAAAACAGGGCAGUUAUCUAAAGGAAUAGUUUUUUCCGAUGUUAUGGAAGUUCCGACAAAAGAAAUAUAUCGUAAAAGCCAAAUCAUAUCAAAAUCCUCCCAAGAAAGCAAAUUUAUGAAUUCUAAGUUAUGCGAAUUACCUGUUUUGACGGCAUCGUACAUAUCUAAAUCGCAAAACAUUAACGAACAUUGUAAAUUGCCUCCACCUUAUUAUCAUUUGCACAAAUUAUACGAACCUAAUAAUUAUACUGAGCAUAGUAAAUCAAAAUCUUUAAUCACUUCUCCGAGGUACCUCCCAUAUCAACAUCACAUUUCCACCAAAGACUUUGAAAGACCUUCUGUUGACGAUCACUUCAGAAAAAGUUUGGGUGACCAAUAUCUUACAAGUAAAAACUCUUACGUCAUUGAAAAUGAUAAACCAUGUUCUGUUGAUGAGCAUUUUGCUAAAGCUUUAGGGAAGAAAUGGAAACUUGAAAAUGAAAAGCCGAUUUAAAAAAGAGGUUUUGUUGAUAUAUCUAUAUAUUUAUAUAUAUAUAAUUGUAAAUAACUUUCUUUGUAAUAUUAUAUAAAUGAAUAUUUUUUAAUUUUGAAGUUUAUACAAAUUUCAUUUGUUACAAUAAUCUUAUAUUUUCAUAGUUUAUUUUUUUAAAAUUGUGAAACAAUUGUUUAUUUGAACUUUUAUGUUCUUUGUAGUAUUAUUUUUUCGGGUACAUACGAGAAAAGUUGUCUUUUAUUUUAUUAGAUAACAUUAGAAACUAUGUUUUAAUUUAAAUUCACUAAAAAAGUUAUUAAUAUAGACAAAAA